AUGAUUGGAACAAACUUUGGAAUAUUCCGUCCAGCGAAUGCGACCUCUGCAGCGAAUGGGCCAAAUCAACCUAUGGCAACAGCAUCACCGGCACCAGGACAAGAGACUAGCCAACUAAGUGAUUUUAUGCUGCAACUGGAAGACUAUGUACCCACCAUUCCGGAUGCAGUUACAUCGUUUUAUUUAAAUUCCGCUGGCUUUGAUACGAAUGACCCACGCAUAGUACGCCUAAUAUCCGUUGCCACACAGAAAUUUAUAUCAGAUGUGGCAAAUGAUGCCCUGCAGCAUUGUAAAACACGUUCCAACAGUCAAAAUGGUAGUUCGAAAAUGAUUAAACCCACAAAAUAUACCAUGACGAUGGAGGAUUUGGCACCAGCAUUGGCCGAUUAUGGUAUUACUGUACGCAAAGCCCAAUACUUUCCGUAG